AUGAUUGCCAGGUCCCUCUCUCGAUCUGCUAGGCCAUUGGCUCGCUCAGCAGCCGGUCCUUCGCUUGCUCGUCUCGCUGUGCGAAGAUACGCAACCAACCCCCCCGGUCCAGUUGCAUCCAAGUCGGAUGCUCCCUGGGCUAUCGCCUCGGUCAUCACCUUCGGAGGUCUCUUUGUCUACCUCACCGCUCCGGGCGCAAAGAAAGACGACCACGGUCACCACGGCUCCAAACACGACGAAGCUCACGAUGAGGAGGAGGACGACUCGGAGCCCGAAGCUCCUAAGGAGCCCGUCGAGCUGCCCGACGGUAGCAUCGAGCACCCAGAAGGCUUCGUAGAGGUCAAGCGCCCCGAAGUGCGCCACGACGCUCCCGAGGGCGACAAGCACCUCCACUCCCAGAAGAUCUCGGACGAGGACGCUCAUGAGAAGCAGAAGAACGUCAAGCGCGAGACGGCAUUGCCUAAGGACGACACCACUUUCAAGCACGGUGUCGCAGCUGCCAAGGACGGCAACCCCAUCUCGGAUCCUAAAAAGGUGGUUGCUGCUGCCAAGACCGCCAAGCAGGAGAAGGCUCAGGCCAAGGCAGGCGCCGCGCAGGGCUCUUCAAACGAUGAUAACGGCGACGAUGACGAGGAGUAG